AUGAUGAUCUGUCCCGUGGUCAUUGUGGACAAGGAGGGCUCUAGUUGCUUGCGUAGGUUCCCAGACUCCAAAGUUGAUGAGCGUUAUCGGAUCACUCUUGACCUGCGAGUGGUCAACUCGCUGAGUCUGGCCUACGAUAGCGCCAAUGCCUUCGUGCUUCUGCCAUCUAAGAACGCUCACAACGUCGACACGGUAGCAGCGUUCGACACCAAAAGCUAUCGGCAGUCCGAGAUCACAGCACUUAGGCGGUUGCGAGCAGUCCCAGCCCACUAUACCACCUAUUAUAAGUUGGAUCUGAGGGAUGCUUAUUCGUCAGUGGCCAUCGACCAGUCGCUCCAGCGGUGUUUCGGAGUUCUCUCCUACGACGACAGUAAUCAGCCUUGCUACUGGUGUUAUCGCGUCCUCCCUCAAGGAUGGCAGUGGAGUUCUCUCCUAUUCGGUUCGGCUAUGGAGUUCAUGAUGGCUCUCAUCCAGGACCGCUUUCGUGAUCUGAAGAUACCAGCGGUAGCCAUCCAUUGUAAGGACGACGUUAUCAUUGCAUCGUGUUGUGAGAAGCACGCGGCUCGUGCCCUGGCCUGUGCCAAGGAUUGUUUCUUGGAGUACUCCUUCGUGGUCAACGAGGCAAAGACUUACGGUCCGUCGACAUCGGUGACUUUUUUCGGUUACAACUUGAAGACCGGUUGUGUCACACCUAAGCCCAAGAAGGAGUUCACUCAGGCGACGGCUGAUCUUGCCCUUGCUGACUGGCACGGCAAUUGCUCCCGAGCGGCGAGACUGUCAUGGCUCCGACGGUGGUGCGGUAUCUUCCAGUGUUUCAAAGCCCACAUGAACCACGCCUCCAUGGACGCCCUUCACCACAUGCAGCGUGCGCUGUCCUGCUUCCAGAAGCCCGAGAAUGAGGAGCGUGUGGAUCCCGGCCUGCCAGACUCUGUGGUUGAAGCGUUCCGCACUCUGUGCACCAUGUACCUCCAGAAUGGUGUCGUCCCUCUUUUCUUCGGCCUUUUGGAGGAGACUCUUGGGACGGUGGUGCUGACUGACGCCAAUGCCAAAUCAUACGCUGGUAUUAUCCUCCGUGCGGUACGCUCCACACCGGCAACAGAAGGGCUGCAGAACUCCGUCAGUGUGCCUGUCCAAUUCCCUGCUGCAUCUGAGCUGUUCAGCUCCGUGCCUGACAUCCCGUACGUGCUCCUGCCCGUCAAGUUUGUGGGGGCUCCAUUCCCACCUACGGAGCAGCGGAAAAGUUCGACCUAUCGGGAGCGGUAUGCGGUGCUAGACACUGUAUGGCAAGGGCGCGACGUUCUGGCGGGGGAAGUGGUAUGUUUAGUCGACAAUGCUAACACCAUGAAGACCUGGAGUGAUGUCCAGGAAACCCUACACGGUGUGCUACUCACGAAGUUCGAGAACCUACAGAGGUGUGCUCAUCGGUUUUGCUGGAUGCCCCGUGAUGGUGCUCCCCGAUGGCCUGAUUUGUUGGCCCGGUCCAUCGAGUCUUGCCACUCCACUGACGUCGGAAUGGAUACCGACGGUGAUGCUUGUGUGAUAGACUGUGAGGCUGUAACUUGCCGCACAGCAGCAGCAGGUCAACAAACCGAUGACGUUCUCUGCAUGCUCCCUGUCCCUUCCCUCCUUCGCCGUGCUUUUGCAGCAUGGAAGGAUAACUCUGACCUCUCCGAACAGUGCUCGAUUGCUCUUGAACCCGAGCAGGCAAGGGGCUGGUUGAAGGCCGUUCAGGACACGGACAAGCAGUGUGAGAAGCUCCGAGUACUCGUGGGGAAAGGACUCUCCAAAUUCAACAUCGAUGACACUGGUAUACUCCGAAUUGGCAUCAAGUACGUGCUCCCCAAGAGGUUUGGUCCGUCCCUAGCCGAACAAGUUCAUCGUUCGCAUGGUCAUUGUGGUGCGAAGCAGACUCUUGAUAUUAUUUGUCGAGAUUUCUUCUGUUUCCGUAUCGCCCACAGUGUCCAGAAGGUUGUCUCCAAGUGCUACUGCCAAUAUGUCCGGGCUCGUCGUGGUCCUAUCACGCCGCCAGUGGCAUCUCUUCGUGAUACUGUCCAGGUGAAUGACCGGUGGUUCAUGGACACGGUUGGGCCUUUACCGACUAGUGCAGACCACGAUUACAAGCACGUACUGUCUAUCCAAGAUGCGGCCAGUUCUCUAGUCAUCUUCCUACCACUAUGCUCGACGACCACGGCUACUAUUAUCGAGACUCUCGAGUCUCGUGUCUUCAGCCUACUUUCACCGCCGAGGAGUAUCACCGUCGAUAAUGCAUCGUCGUUCCAGGCUGUGGCCUUCCAAUCCUGGGCGGCUAGUUGGGGUAUCAAAGUUUACUUCAAUCCUCCCUACGCUGCUCAUCGGAACGGCUCUCUCGAACGUCAGCAUGGUGUGCUGAAGCAGGUUCUGAAGUCUCUGUGCAAAGGUAAUGUGGCUCAGUGGCCUAGGUUCCUACCCGUGGCCCAGAGACGGUGCAACUCCCGCGCGAUCUACGGCGACAAUACUCCUCACCAGCUCUACUUCGGCCUGAAGGACUCCGCUUUCUUCUCUCGGCGAUUCGAGGACAUUGCUCCGUCCCUCGAUGCCGAUUCAGUGCGGUUUGAGGCCAAGCGACGUUCUGCUCGACGUGAGGCCGAUAUCCGUCGCAUCCACCAGGCAUUGGACGAGGCCGAAGCUGAAGUUCUCCUGAAGCUCACCAAUUCCAAGAAGAUCGUGUCCCGUCGACGAGUCUUCCAAGUUGGCCAGAAGGUUCUAAAGUGGUGCGGUCCAAAGCCUGCUCUCGGAGUUAGCUGGAGUGGUCCUCAUGUCGUUACAGAGUGUUGCGGUCCUAAUAAGAUGACCUAUCGUCUCAGCGACGGCACUACACAGGAGUCCCACAAUCUUUGUUUGUAUCAUUGA